CAGAGGGUGACUUGCUCAGGUUUGCAGGGCUAGGAGGUGGCAGGCUGUGCGCUCAAACUCAGGCCUUCUAAUUCCACAUUCUGUGGGGUGAGAGGAUGGGUGAUGGGGUGUCUUUUCUGGAGGAGGGAGGUGCUGUGAGGCUGGUGAGAUGGAGGUGCAGUGGGUGGGGGCCUGGAGGGCUGGGCCCAGCCAGAGGAUUCUGAUUAGGAGGCCCUGGGGCAUCGGUUCAGGUUCUCCCAGAGGGGAUUGUGAUGGGAUCCAGUAACCUGUGCCCUCCAGAUGACUUCUGUAGGUGUGUUUAGUGACAUGCUCAACAGGUGCGGGAAGGAUGGGGCUGUGCCAAGGGCCAAGCCCAAAGAUGUUUCAGAUUUUUCCCUUUAUGCCCCUGCAACCAAGCCCUGCUGCUCCAGCAGAUAAAAGGGACCCAGGCUGAGGGCUCCAAUAUUCACCAGCCUGGGCUAUCGCUUCUCUGACAGCUCCCAGCUCACUAUCUUCUCUGCAACCAUGAUUGCCAGACAGCAGUGUGUCCGAGGCGGGUCCCGGGGCUUCAGCUGUGGCUCGGCCGUUGUAGGCGGCAUCAAGAGACGUGCCUUCAGCUCAGCCUCCAUGUCUGGAGGUGCCGGCCGAUGCUCUUCUGGGGGCUUUGGGAGCAGGAGCCUCUACAACCUUGGGGGGAACAAGAGCAUCUCCAUGAGUGUGGCUGGGUCACGACAAGGCGCCUGCUUCGGGGGUGCUGGUGGCUUCGGCACUGGUGGCUUUGGUGCCGGUGGCCUUGGAGCUGGUUUUGGUGCUGCUGGCUUUGGCGGUGGAUUUGGGGGCUCCUUCAGUGGUAAGGGUGGCCCUGGCUUCCCCGUCUGCCCUGCUGGGGGAAUUCAGGAGGUCACCAUCAAUCAGAGCCUGCUGACCCCACUCCAUGUGGAGAUUGACCCUGAGAUCCAGAAAGUUCGCACGGAGGAGCGUGAACAGAUCAAGACCCUCAACAACAAGUUUGCCUCCUUCAUCGACAAGGUGCGAUUCUUAGAGCAACAGAAUAAGGUCCUGGAGACCAAAUGGAACCUGCUCCAGCAGCAGACGACCACCACCUCCAGCAAAAACCUUGAGCCCCUCUUUGAGACCUACCUCAGUGUCCUGAGGAAGCAGCUAGAUACCUUGGUCAAUGACAAAGGGCGCCUGCAGUCUGAGCUGAAGACCAUGCAGGACAGCGUGGAGGACUUCAAGACCAAGUAUGAAGAGGAGAUCCACAAACGCACAGCAGCUGAGAAUGACUUUGUGGUCCUCAAGAAGGAUGUGGAUGCUGCCUACAUGAACAAGGUGGAGUUGGAGGCUAAGGUGGACAGUCUUAAUGACGAGAUCAACUUCCUGAAGGUCCUCUACGAUGCGGAGCUGUCUCAGAUGCAGACCCAUGUCAGUGACACGUCCGUCGUCCUCUCCAUGGACAACAACCGCAACCUGGACCUGGACAGCAUCAUUGCCGAGGUCCGCGCCCAGUACGAGGAGAUCGCCCAGAGGAGCAAGGCUGAGGCUGAGGCCCUGUACCAGACCAAGGUCCAGCAGCUCCAGGUCUCAGUUGACCAACAUGGUGACAACCUGAAGAACACCAAGAGUGAAAUCGCAGAGCUCAACAGGGUGAUCCAGAGGCUGCGGGCAGAGAUCGAGAACAUCAAGAAGCAGUGCCAGACUCUGCAGACAUCCGUGGCUGAUGCAGAGCAGCGUGGUGAGAAUGCCCUUAAAGAUGCCCACAGCAAGCGUAUAGAGCUGGAGGCUGCCCUGCAGCAGGCCAAGGAGGAGCUGGCACGGAUGCUGCGUGAGUACCAGGAGCUCAUGAGUGUGAAGCUGGCUCUGGACAUUGAGAUUGCCACCUACCGCAAGCUGCUGGAGAGCGAGGAGUGCAGAAUGUCUGGAGAAUGCCCGAGUGCUGUGAGCAUCUCUGUGGUCAGCAGUAACACCAGCACUGGAGGCAUCGGUGGAGGAUUUGGAAGUGGCUCCGGGUUCGGCCUGAGUAGUGGCUUUGGCUCAGGCUCCGGAAGUGGCUUUGGGUUUGGUGGCAGUGUCUCUGGCAGCUCCAGCAGCAAGAUCAUCUCUACCACCACCCUGAACAAGAGAUCCUCCCGAUAGAGGAGACGCGGUCCCUGCAGCCCCCUGAGCCCAGCUGGGCCCAGCACUGGUGUCUGUGCUUCCUUCACUUCGCCUCCAUCCUCCCUCUCUGGGGCUCGUCUUACUAGUGUCCCCUCCACUAUCCCAUGGGCUCUCUCUGCCCCAGGGUGAUCUGUGCUGGGAUGGGGAUUCUGCCUCUUGGAGUUUGGUAGCUUCUUCUUGAUUUGGGCCUGGUGACCUACCUGGAAUGGGAGGGAUGUCAGCUGACCUCUCACCUCCCACGGACAGAGAAGAAAAUGACCAAGAGUGUCAUCUCCAGAAUUACUGAGGUCACAUAUGUCCCUUCCCAGCCCAACACCAUCUCCCAGCAGAUCCUGGAUUAUCCAUCUACAUCAGAACCAAACCACUUCUCCAUCACCUGGCAGUACCUGGCCCUACAAACUUAGGACAAGAACCACUCAGUGUCCCGUUCUCUCCUCUCAUUCCCUCUUAUCAUCUGCAGGUGAAUCUUCAAUAAAAUGCUUUUGUCAUUCA